AUGGCAGAAGAAAAAUUAAUAGAGGCAGUGAGGGAACACAGAGAGCUGUAUGACACAAAACACGCAGACUACAUGAAGGUCAAACUCAAGAACCGGAUUUGGAGUGAUAUAGCAAAGGAUUUGAAUUUGAAAGACGGGGAAGAGACAAAAAAUUCGUGGCUGAAGCUGAGAGGCAGCUAUCGAGGUGCACGACGACGACAGGUGAAAUAUAUGAAAAGCGGAGCUGCUGCUGAGAAUAGCAAGCCGUGGAGAUAUCAAAACCAGAUGUCAUUUCUUGAACCUUUUAUGACAGCUGGUCCACGUGAUAGUAGUCUAGGUGAUGAUAGUGAUCAGAGCUCGCAAGCUACAACUAAAACAUCAGCAAGAAGUGAUACACUGGAAACCGAGGAAUUAGAAGAUAACACCUCACUCGACAAUGAGGCGAAUGAGCAAAGUCAAGAUAUUAAUAACAACGACAGCAACGAAAAAAAUGUAAUAUUGCAAGUCAAAGGGAAAAGUGGUGAAAAAUACCCGCGCUAA